AUGCUUCUUGAGUCGGCAAGCCUCGCACUUCCAGGAUCACAGACAGUGCAGACAGACGACACAACGGAUAAUUCAACAAGCACCACUUCAACUCUUACGUUUAUUCCUGCCCAAACCUCGGACUCGAGUGCUGCACACUCCGACAUCACAUUACAACCAUUGACAAAAAGGGGAGGCGGUCCAACCGCUCCAGGUCCGAACAUUGGGUGGCUUUCACUCGGCGAUGACGGAUGGUUAUCAGCCCAGACAUCGUACUUCAUAGGCACGUUUCUACCCACUCUAGUGGCAUCGCUCUUCUCCAUCCUGUGGAAAGUGCUGGAUACUGAGACAAAGAGUCUGGAGCCAUUCGCUCAACUAGCAACACCCGGUGGCGGAACGGCAUCCGAGACGAUACUUCUUCAUUACAAUGGUGUCCAUGGCUUCUUUUCUUCGAUUACGGGAUUAUUCAUUGGGCAUCCUGCUGUUGCUCUGUCAACUUUUCUCAAGUAUAGCUCAGCCUUGUUAAUCCCUUUGGCUGCUGAAGCCGUUCAUCUCAAACUGCAAGGCGGAUGUCUUCAGGACUGGAAAGAUCGUUGCACAGCGGUGCUUGAAGCUACUGAUCCCGUGAUCCGGGUAGCCCAGGCAUUGCUUGCUUUCAUGGCAUGCUUGAAUAUUGUAUACAUGCUAUUGGUGAGCAGGAGAAACCUCGGGGUCUCAUUUGAUCCACGCAGCAUGCUGGGGAUUGCAAGCCUUGCUAUUAAUCCAUACCUCUCAGCUUUGAUGCGCAGGCUGCCCAUGGGACCUGAUGGAAUGUUCUUGCUAGACGAAGCCAGCUCGACAUUAGGAAAACAUAAAUUCGAAUUUGGGCGCGUCACGUAUUUGUCUGGACAACAAGAAUAUGGAAUUAUUGUUACAAACGGCGAUACUCAAAAUCUGUCUCCAUUGGCUAAGUCUACGUCGACAAAAGUCAACAACACGCAAUCAUCGAGUCGAUCAAUACUACUAGGUGCUCUGAUGGUGCUCGGUUUUGCAAUUUUUAUUAUUGGCUUAUGUAUCUUGAUUCUGUAUUACCGACUUACCGAUAACAAUACUGGGUUUGAGAGGUUCAUGGAUUCUCAAAGCAUAUUUGGGGUCCGAUUUCUCUUCACGAUCUUUGGUGUGAUUAUUGGAUUUGGAUGGGCUGCUAUCUUUCAGGAAUUAGCCACGAUUCAUCCUGCAUUGGAAAUGUCGCAAAGGCCAAUCAGUGCUAAGCACUCCAUCCUGAUGCCACUAUCACCGAGUCCCUACCAGGGAGUUGUAACGUACCUUCGUCAUGGACAUAAAAUGCUGGCUCUCGUUUCUUUGGUCACGAUCCUCAGUGACUUUCUACCAAUAGCGCUCGCCAAUAUCCCUUUUAGCAACGCAAUCACGUGGUCAACCUUCGAUAUUUGCACCUGGGUAAGCGUUGGAGUUCUAUCCUUCAUGCUUCUCGUGCUUAUUAUCGUCACGGUGGCAAUUCUUUGCAAGUCUUCGAGUGUUCUUUCACCUCUGGGAUCCGAAAGCUGGGGAACGCCGGCGGCAGUAUUAUAUCUAGUUUGUCACUCAGAUGAUUUCCUUUUGCAGCUACAUGGCCUCUCGAUUGCCCCGAGAACGGAAGUUAAGCGAAGGGUUGGAGCACUAAACACAAGAUACUAUAUCAUGAGGUCACUAUACGAUGGAGAGAGCGGACCUCUUAGAGUCCAAGUUCUUCCUGACAGCUAA